UGCAGACAGCUAUGGUCCAGGUCCAGUGGCAGUCGGACCCCGGGAAACCAACAUGGCUGCGCCUGAAACAGGUGCUGAAAUGUUUGAAAGCUGGCUGAACGAUCGGUUAGACUCGCUUGAGGUAGAUAAAGAUGUUUACGGAGCGUAUAUACUCGGAGUCCUACAGGAAGAAGAGACUGAAGAUGAAAAGAUCGAUGCAUUGCAAAGCAUUCUUUCAGCGUUUCUGGAGGGCGAUGCACUGGAAGAUGCGUGCCGAGAAAUAAUCAAACACUGGACCGAAACCUCUUUUUCUUCAGAAAACAUAACCCAAUCUGAUGAAGUGCAAGCUAUUGCCAGCUUGAUUGAAAAACAGGCUCAGAUCGUCGUGAAGCAGAAGGAGGUGUCAGAGGAGGCGAAGAAGAAGAAGGAGGCCCUCCUCGCCCAGUAUGCCAAUGUCAGUGAAGGCGAGGAUGAAAUUGUAGAGGAGGAAGACGCUGGAGCAGCUUGUUUCGUCGACAGUGAAAAGUCCUUGUUUAAGAACACUAAUGUGGAAGAUGUUUUGACUAAGAAGAAGCAGCAGAGGGAGCAGGCUCGUGAGUCAGCUCAGAAGAAGAAGGAACAGGACAAGAUGCAGCGAGAGAAAGACAAACUGGCCAAGCAGGACAGGAAGGACAAGGAGAAAAAACGCACACAGAAAGGGGAACGAAGAAGAUAAAAACUGGCAUUCUUGGACACAAGGCUCUGUUACUUUGGACAAGUGUCGAAAAUUUCAACUCUGCGUUAGUUUUUCAACAAGUUUCCUAUACAAGACACUGAAAAAUGAACUUACAGUAGGAGGUCUCCUACACUCCUCCCCCUGCCUAUUGGCUUGGUUUUCAUUGUUUUCCCAUUUGAGACAGACAUACACCAUCUAAUUUUUCUAAAAGUCUCAGUUUAGCUUGUGUUUUGUGCCCUAAAUCUAUGAUAUUUGAAGUAAAUGUUCAAAGUCUCAUAAUUGAGGAGGCUGUUUUGGGGAAUACCCCAGUACCUUGCUCCUUAUGCCACUCAUAACCAAUCUGAAAUGAAAUCAAAUGAAAUAAAUCCCAAGUAUUUUUAUUCAUGUAAGAUUUGAAGUUCAAAUCAUGGGGUGGUGCUUUUUGAUUUAGAAUUGGUGUAGAGUUUUCUCAUUGGCUCAUUUGUUGAAAGCAAAUGCUCUACUGAACAAAUAUGCUUUGCCAAAUGCUUGCUUGCUUUGUCUGUCUAUCAGAAUAAGUGUGCUUGUCUGUUGCCUGUGUAGAGCACCACUAGCCUAUGUUCUUCAUGCCCUUUUUAGAGUUGAGAUCACCAUAGGUUUAGCUCAAAGUAAUGUCAUUAUAUGUUGAUGUAAACACAGCUAUAUGUCUUUAACUGUUGCUUCAUGUGUGGACACCUGACUGCAAGAUGCAUCUUGCAUACAUACAGUGCAGCCCAAAGAAAUGUAUAUCCUAUUUGGUUUGCAUGGAAACAUGGAUCCAAUCAGCAAAUUAGGCUGAAUGAAAACAUUUAUUCAAUUAAAUUUGCUUCAGGAGAGGUUGCAUCAAAGAGCCAUGCUUCUACACAUAUCCAUGCCAACCAGGAUAUUACGGAACAACAUUUUCACACAGCCAAAGCAGAACACACCUGAUUGGUUUCAGUAUGCUACAUUUAUUUUAUUAGGUUUUGAUAUCAUGUGCCAAUUUUGCUGAAGAGAGUCCUUUAUUUCUGUAAGUUCAAUAAAGAUUUGUAUGAUUAAGAGCGAAGUGUCCAAAUAUUAAUAUGUUCUCAGGCUCAGUAGGAGGCCCAUACUUUCAGUGGGGAGGUCUGCAUUAUCUUGCAUUGAAAGAUGAGUAGCAAACGAGCAUUUGAGGUUACGCAGAAACUUAUUGCUACGGUGAACAUUUCAAGAUUUCAAAUGAAUAAAGUCUUUCCAAUUUUAUGGUU